AUGUUGACGCGUCGUUGCAAUCUGCGUGGCAGAGCCUUCAAGAUCGCGGCCCUCAACAGAUUUGGGAGGCCGCUGGAUUCGAGUGAAGCUGGCGAAUGGUUGAGGGCCGUCUUGGUCAAGGUAUGCAAACCCCCAGAAGCAGUGGUGGGAACUGUCAUGGUGCAACACAAGAAGUGGCGCACGGUGCACUUGGUACCUGAGGGCUUCAAGAAAUUUCUGCAGUGCGGGCGAGCGCUUAACGAGGAAUUGCACCCUUUUGAGAAUGCCAGCAUUUGGCUUCUAGAGGGUGUGCUUGCUCGGCAGUGUGACAAGAAUGGCGCUAGUGGAUUCACGGGCAGCCUUCGAGCAAAGAUGUCAGGCAUCCUGGCCAAGGGAGAGCUCGAGCCUUCCGAUGCUUUGUUGGACCUCGCAGCGGGCAUCGUGGUUAAGGCAGACGUUGGCACAGAACUUCGCUUGCAGUGGGCCUUGCAGAGGAGAGGAUACGCCAGUGUGAAGGUUUCGCAGUUGAUGAAGGCAGACCAGCAAUUGUGGUUGCUGGCGUCGGAUGAAGGUCUGCCUAGCCUGAAGCCGGCUGCAGACGGCGUCAAGCCGCUCAACCCGGUGGUGGAGAAGCUGCGAGUUGAUCCGUUCGACUCGGAGCCCAAGGCCGACACACCUGAAGGUGUCGAAGCUCCUUUUGAGAAGUCCGAAGAGGACACCCUUCUGCAGAAGCUCUCACAGGCAGUCACCAAAGUGGCACUGCAAGCAAUGGCUAUAGAUCACACCAUUUCCAAAGCAGCCAAGCAGCACAUCGUGACCAUGGACCUCAGCAAGGAGCAUGGCAUUGCGGAGUUGCGUGGUGCCAACAAAGCCCGAACGGAGAAAGCCAACGUUCUUUACGAGGCGCUGUGGAUGCUUUGGAUCUCCAAACGCAGAGCGCUUUUAUUAGCUGAACAUGGCUCUUUUGCAGAUGAUGCUGUGAUGGAGAAGAUUGUCCUGGGAGUGCCACGAAAGCCCGCCGAUUUCAUUCAAGCGGCGGUGCAGGCUGGACACCCGAGGAGUUUGGCAGUUACGUUGAAUGCUGUUUCGGAGGACGCAGUCGUGGCAAACAGGGAUUGGCCGGUGACGGACUUGAUCAGGGCUCGCAUUGAUUUCUUGACGUACUGGAUGAAGAGGGCUCAAGAGCUCGAGCAUGCCGAAAAAACCCUUCACCUGUCUAUGCCGGAAUAUUUGCAGCAAGUGCUGAGAGGCAAGCGAAUUUUGCUCAUGGGCGAGAUGUUGGAACGACUGGGCUUUGAGGACAAGUAUUUGCAGCAGGAUGUAUCAGAAGGGUUCAAACUGACUGGUUGGUUGCGGGAAACCGGAUGCUUCCCCAAGAAAAUUCGGAAGCCCACCAUGCCCGCGGCAGCGGUCAUGGCCAUGGCUAGUUCUGUCAAUCAACGAAUUGUCAAGCAGAUGGCUGAGACCUCCUUUAGUGAGACGGACGCCAAGGCCUGGAACGAGACGCUGGCGGAACUGGAACGCGGGUGGAUCUUCAGAGACGACGCCCCGGACCUUGGCAAGGUCCUGCUGGCUAAACGCCUCAAGGGGCCCAAGCUGUGGUGGACGAGUUUCUACGAUGACUUCACAGUUUUCUCGGAUGCACGUGCGUUGACCUCAGCUGCGGUGAGUGCUGAGGCGCUCUUCGACCUGUGGGGAGUGAAGUUCGCUAAAGACGGCAAAAAGGCAGUGGACUUUUCGGCUACCGUGAAGUCAUUGGGAUUGCUGAUUGGUCUUGACACCAUUCUUGAAGGGCGCAUCCGCAUUAUGCACACUCCCGAGCGCAAAGCAGAGCUUGAAGAAGCGUUGAAGGGCAUCUUGGAAGCGGGUGAACUUACGUGCAAACAUUCGGAGCAGCUUCGAGGAGCGAGCGACAAGACGGGUUCGAUCGGAG